CGAACAUGUGCCCUAAUUUCUGCGGCCUCUUUUGUAAAGAUGCUCAAUUCUGCAGAGCAUCACUCUGUUUUGAUCAGAGGGUCUUUUUAUAGGGCUAGCAAUGUAAAGUGGGGCAAUUUUUGUGUGGGACCUUGAUAGCAAUAUACAUGUGGUAAGCCAGGAGCCUUUUUUUUAUUAUUUUGGUUUCCCUUAUUUCUUUUUUUCUGUCUGGGGAGAAGAAGUGUUUGAUAUUGUUUCAUAGCUUGCAGCUUGUUUAUUAGACACUAGAAUGCUAUUGCUCUUACAAGGAAUGUCCUGCAGGGGGCAAAAGUGAUCUAUGAAGUGGCUGCAGUCACUGUUUGGGGAGAGCCAGCCCAUUACUGCACACGUGCUCUAGGCAUAAACAGGGGAGGGGAAGAGAGGAAGCAUGUCAUAUAUGAUCCCUCCCAAGUCCUAGCAAUAACAAGCAGUACCUUGCUGCUGCUGUGUGAGACGUGGGCUGCUGUGCACCCGUGUGCCAUGAGGUAGUCCUGCAGCCUGCACUCAUCUCACCAUUCAUACACAAACUAUGGCCACUGCUACCAGCAGUAAAAUCAACAGUAAUGGGAUCAUUCUAGUGGGAUCUGUGCAGUCACCAGGCACCCACAGCCUGGAUCAUGUUAGGAGGCAACAGCGCAGGAGGCAGGCUGCCCUCUUGUUUCUCAACAACAUCUCUCUGGAUGGGCGACCCCUGCAGGAUAAGGGGGCAUUGGGACAGGGUGCUGCUUGUGCAACAGGCAGAAGUCGUCCGUGCCAGCAGUCUGCAGAGAAAGGAGCAAUUCAUAGCCCACCACCUAAUGCAGUUAUUCAUGCAACACCUCUGCAUCUGGUGAAUGCACAGAACAACAGGACAGCUUGGGCCUCUCCUCCAGAACCACUGCCUUGUGCACUGGCAUGCAGACAGGAAAGCAUGGACCAAGAGAUGCAAAUAAAAAAACAGCAAUUGAGACAGAAUAGUGAGGAAGAGGAGGAGGAUGCAUUUUUAAGCAGUGUUCCAGUGAUGGCACCACCUUUAUGUCCAGGGAGCAGGGGACGUCUGAACUCCCUUACAUCUGCCAUUUUACCUGUUGCUUUUUGUAGGACACCUGUUACUCAAACCUUCUGCUGCCCUGACCAAGUGCAGGGUGGGUCCAGCAGUGCCUUCGAUAUGCAGAGGUCACGGCGCCGCCUGAUCUCCCAGCGAUCUUCUCUCGAAACACUUGAAGACAUAGAAGAAAAUGCUCCAUUACGGAGAUGUCGGACUCUGUCCGGUUCACCCAGACCAAAGAACUUCAAGAAGGUUCAUUUUAUAAAGAGUAUAAGGCAGCAUGACACCAAGAAUGGCAGGAUAGUCCUUAUUAGUGGAAGGAGGUCGUUCUGCGGUAUAUUUUCAGUGCUGCCAUAUCGAGACUGUGCUAAUGUUGGGGACCUGAAACUGGAAAGCACAAGGCAGCGUCAUUCCUCAGGAGGCAUGGGAACCAGAGAGAUGAUUCUAGGCCUGGAGGGAGUAGAGCUUGGUGCUGAUGGGAAGACUGUGUCAUAUACCCAGUUUCUGUACCCGACCAAUGCCUUGGGAGCCCGGAGAAACACUAUAGAUUCUACCUGCUCCUUCUCUCAGUUUCGAAACACAAGUCACCGCAACUUGACCCUGGGCAGAGCCAACAGUAUUCAAGGCAGCAUUGAUACAGGAAGUGACAUAGGAGAGUUUAUUGAAUAUGAUCCUAACCUUCUGGAUGAUCCGCAGUGGCCAUGUGGCAAGCACAAACGGGUUCUAAUCUUCCCUUCCUAUAUGACCACUGUCAUAGAGUAUGUGAAACCGUCAGACCUCAAAAAAGACAUGAAUGAAACUUUCAAGGAGAAAUUUCCUCAUAUCAAGCUGACACUCAGCAAAAUAAGAAGCCUGAAACGGGACAUUCGCAAACUAGCGCAGGAUGAGUGUGGGUAUGAGGAACCCACAGUUGCCAUGGCCUUCGUGUAUUUUGAAAAACUUGCUUUAAAGGGCAAAUUAAACAAGCAGAACAGAAAGCUUUGUGCUGGAGCCUGCAUCCUGUUAGCAGCCAAGAUUGGCAGUGACCUCAGAAAACAUGAAGUGAAACACCUAAUUGAUAAGCUGGAGGAGAAGUUCCGGCUGAACAGGCGAGAGCUGAUGGCCUUUGAGUUCCCUGUGCUGGUUGCCUUGGAGUUUGCUCUUCACCUGCCGGAGCAUGAAGUGAUGCCUCAUUAUCGGCGCCUGAUGCAGAGCUCCUAGCACAGGAGGGUUCCUUGGUGUGUGCCAUUAAUUGACUGUCAUGGACAAAUAGCCACUACAGCAAAUGCAAAAAUAAGUGUUAAGACCACUUCUUUAUUGGCGCGGCAUUUGUACUUUCCCUAUCGGCAACACUAUGACUAAUAACUGCCCGGAGCAGGCGCUCUAUAUGUGGAUGGCAAAUAGCAGACAAUGCCUCUAACAUCUGAAAUGGCCAUUUUUACUAUAGAAUUCACAAGUGGACUUCACCAUCUUUGCUUCCCAAUCUCACUGUGUCAAAAAGACUGUGCCAAUCUAUUUCUUACCUGUCAAUGGAGAUAAGGAGCGCACUUUUUUAUUGUUUGUGGUCUGUGACACUGAAUCCAUUUUGACCUUUUUUUAUUUGUUGGAGAAAUCACCCAAAGCUUUGUGUCUGGGAGGGAGACAUGUCUCCCAUGUUUGUGUCCUUACCCUGAUACGAAUUUUCAUUCCAUUCCAGAAAUAUUCCAGUUUUAGCCUAAAACAUUGUUUUUCAUUAUAUGGUCCGUCAUCGGUGGCAGCAAUUUGGUGUAGAGUCACGUUAUGCCCAAGUAUUGCUCUUUUCCACUGUGGAGGAGAUGCUAGUAGUCACACCCUUUGGUGUUAUGUUUCCAUGCUCUAUGUUAGAGUGCAUACCAAGCACGAUUUACUGUGCUACAUGUUAGGCAGUGUUUUGGAGAGAUUUAGCAGGGAUGUCCAGCUCACAAAUGGCCAUAGUGACACAUCCAUGUAAGAAUAUUCCCAGGACUACUGCUGCAGUCAGUAUAUCAGAAAUGAUCCUUCUAUGCAAAGCUGUGCAGAAUAGUCAGGCGCCUGGAAGCUGAAAGACAACCGCACUACACUAAAGAGAACAUAUUUGUUUGUGGCAGAAGAUGCACUACAUAUAAUGACUGAGUCUUCUCUCCUGUUUACACUUGCAUAGCUCAGAUAUACGGGGACCCGGGUUCCACUCUAUUUUUGUAAGAUAAAACUAUGGCUUUGCCAGUGUGUGCUUCUAUAAUGCCUAGAGAGCAAGGUUCCAUGGUACAGGCGUAGCAUUGGCUUAGUGAUCUCUCACAGAUGCCUUUAUGUCUUGGGUACAAAACAAUAUUGUGUGUUCUUUCACUUAUUAGUGUUCCCAGUGAAUUCAAAGAUUUGUCAUAUUUUAAUGUUUUAUGUUCAGAGACCACUUUGCACACAGACAGUAUACAUUUCUUUUAAAAUAUAUUAUUCUCUGUAACUGUAAAGUAUAAAGGUGCAGUUAUGCCUGCAAAGCAUGCCCCUCUUCCCUGUCUUUUAGAAUAAGAAUUGGAGCUGCCAAUUUACCAUGAUAUGUUGUAAAUGAAGGGGUCAGAGACUUUAGAAUGACCCCAACCAAGGCAAGCCAUAUGGCAGGUCCUUUUCUUAUGUAGAAAUGCAAAGAUCAAUAGCAGGGAUGUUUUGUGCACAUACAUAGCUAUGCCAUCAUACUUUACUGAAUGUUUAACCAAAAAGAUAUGAUCAUAUUAUCAAAUAAUAAAUAGGCUAUACAUUCCCUCGGUUCUCUAUUCAAACAUGCACUAAUCAUACAGAUCAUGCCUCGCUUGCUGUAAAUGUUGGAAAUCUGUCCGGCACCCCGUGGGCUCAGCUAGUUUCCCAAACCUGUUCAUACAGCAGAUAUCUGUUUAAUUGACCACACACAGAGGAACAGGUAAGAACAUUUGCUCAAGUUUUUGAAGAACUACCCAACAAUUGGGCAAUGUGUUCCCAACGUAUUGGAUCCACUAAAAUGAAAAAUCCAUCUAGUUAAAGAUCCCCCCAUCUGGCCAUUUAUGGAGCCUUUGGUCACCAAUAAGACAAUAUGGGGCCCAUAUUUCUGUAGUAAUCUAAUUAGUUGUCCCGUGAGCUGAUAAUCAAAUCAUUAUAUAUCAGCCAUUAAACCCACUACUGUGUGGCCACCUUGAGUGUAGUGUAAUCAUCUGUGUGGGUAUCUGUAACAACUUGCUCUAUUGUGGGAGCCCGCUGAGAGAUUUAGAAAACCCUAAAUUUUAAAGAUUUUAAAGAAACAGAUGUGAUCUUGAUGCAAGAUGUUAUAUUUUCAUGACCAAUCUUCACAUUAUCAUCUCAUUAUAAAGAUCAAUAAAAAUCAAUUUUUUAAGCUUUG